UAGUUUGUCAGCUGACAGGAGCUAGCCAACAUUAGCCAGUUCGCUUGGAUGUUUGACUGCCGUUGUAAGGUCAGAAGGCUCGGAUCAACCCUACUCCUCGGCCAGAGUGUCCAGCUCUGAACUCUCCGAGAGGGAAUUACUUAUUGUAGUCCAGAGUGGUAUUGAACAGGAUGGAUAUCCGCGGGGCGGUGGAUGCUGCAGUGCCCACCAACAUCAUCGCUGCCAAGGCUGCGGAGGUCAGAGCCAACAAGGUCAACUGGCAGUCAUACCUGCAGGGCCAGAUGAUCUCUGCCGAGGACUGUGAGUUCAUUAAGAUGUUUGAAGUGGCUCCUUCGGAGGAGAAACAGACCAUCCUCACAAAUGAAGGACAUCAGUGUGCGAAGACGUUCCUGAACCUGAUGGCUCACAUCUCUAAGGAGCAGACUGUCCAGUACAUCCUCACCCUAAUAGAUGAUACCCUGCAGGAGAACCACCAGAGGGUGAACAUCUUCUUUGACUACGCCAAGAAGACAAAGAACACCGCCUGGUCCUACUUUCUUCCCAUGCUCAACCGCCAGGACCUAUUUACCGUCCACAUGGCGGCCAGGAUCAUCGCUAAGCUAGCAGCCUGGGGUCGUGACCUGAUGGAGGGAAGUGACCUCAACUACUACUUCAACUGGAUCAAGACCCAGCUCAGCUCCCAGAAGCUUCAUGGUACAGGUCCAGACUCCACAGGACAUGGCACUAUAUCCCCCAGUGACAGCUCCCAGUAUGUGCAGUGUGUGGCAGGCUGUCUCCAGCUGAUGCUGAGGGUCAAUGAGUACAGGUUUGCCUGGGUGGAGGCGGACGGGGUCAACUGCAUCACGGCUGUGCUCAGUAACAAGUGUGGUUUCCAGCUGCAGUACCAGAUGGGGUUUUGUGUGUGGCUGCUGGCCUUCAACUCUCAGCUCUGUGAGCAGCUACGCCGUUACAACGUGGUGCCGGCCCUGUCUGACAUCCUGCAGGAGUCUGUCAAGGAGAAGGUCACGCGCAUCAUCCUGGCUGCCUUCAGGAACCUGUUGGAGAAGUCAGCGGAUAGGGAGACCCGUCAGGAGUAUGCCCUGGCCAUGAUACAGUGUAAGGUUCUGAAGCAGCUGGAGAAUCUGGACCAGCAGAAGUAUGACGAUGAGGACAUCACUGAAGACCUCAAGUUCCUGCUGGAGAGUCUAGGGGAGAGCGUUCAGGACCUCAGUUCGUUUGAUGAGUACAGUUCGGAGCUGAAGUCCGGUCGCCUGGAGUGGAGUCCGGUCCACAAGUCAGAGAAGUUCUGGCGUGAGAAUGCAGUCCGCCUCAACGAGAAGAACUACGAACUCCUCAAGAUCCUUACUCGGCUGUUGGAGGUAUCUGAUGACCCUCAGGUUAUUGCUGUAGCUGCUCAUGAUGUUGGUGAAUACGUCAGACACUACCCUCGGGGGAAACGGGUGAUAGAGCAGCUUGGAGGUAAACAGCUGGUGAUGAACCACAUGCACCAUGACGAUCAGCUGGUCCGCUACAACGCCCUGCUGGCCGUGCAGAAACUCAUGGUCCACAACUGGGAGUACCUGGGGAAGCAGCUCCAGUCAUCUGACCAGCAGCAGCAACAGGCUGUGGCCGUUAGGACCUGAACUCUAACCCCUGACAACAGGCCAUGGCUGCCAGAAGCUGAACUCUUAACCCCUGAACCCUGUAUGAAACCUAUUGGGUGUCUGGGUCAUACAGACAUGUAGUGGGCUGACUGUGUGUGUUACUGGCUGACUGUGUUUGUUACUGGCUGACUGUGUGUCCUCUGGUCUCCUUCUCUCCUCUGGUCUCCUUCUCUCCUCUGGUCUCCUUCUCUCCUCUGGUCUCCUCUCCUCUGGUCUCCUCCUCUCCUCUGGUCUCCUUCUCUCCUCUGGUCUCCUCCUCUCCUCUGGUCUCCUCCUCUCCUCUGGUCUCCUCCUCUCCUCUGGUCUCCUCCUCUCCUCUGGUCUCCUCCUCUCCUCUGGUCUCCUUCUCUCCUCUGGUCUCCUCCUCUCCUCUGGUCUCCUCCUCUCCUCUCCUCUCUCUGGUCUCCUCCUCUCCUCUGGUCUCCUCCUCUCCUCUGGUCUCCUCCUCUCCUUUUCUCUGGUCUCCUCCUCUCCUCUGGUCUCCUCCUCUCCUCUCCUUUUCUCUGGUCUCUUUCUUCUCCUCUGGUCUCCUCCUCUCCUCUGGUCUCCUCCUCUCCUCUGGUCUCCUUCUCUCCUCUGGUCUCCUCCUCUCCUCUGGUCUCAUCCUCUCCUUUUCUCUGGUCUCCUCCUCUCCUCUCCUCUGGUCUCAUCCUCUCCUUUUCUCUGGUCUCCUCCUCUCCUCUGGUCUCCUCCUCUCAUUUACAUUUACAUUUAAGUCAUUU